AUGGCGCGUUCCGUCAAUCAGGGCCACAAGCGCCUCUUUGCGCUCAUUGCCCUACUCCCCUUUUGGCUCAGCUUCGCUGCUUUCACUAUCAGCCCGACUGCACAUGCCCAUAUCGUAGACGGCAUCGCUGCUCGUCCUCAGGACCCUUCUCGCAAGUCACUUGCCUGGGGUCCCGAACACGCUAACAAGGUCUUUGCUGAUCUAGAUGCCACCGCCGAUGUUGCUGCCACCAAGCGAGGCCUCGACUCAUCCCGCAAGCGUGCCUACGCCGCCGCUAUCCACUACGUCAACGCUGAGGAUGGCCCUAAGAAUCCCUACUCGGUGGCCACCCGCCUCGCAAAGCACCUCCUCGGGUAUGCCAACGGCCUCGCUCCCUCUGGCCACGACUUUUACGUCCGUCCCGAUUCUUACACCGACCCAUCCAGUGGUAUCUCGCACUAUUUUGUCCGACAGCUCGUCAAUGGUCUUGAGGUCGCUGAUGGUGAUCUCAAUAUCAAUAUUUCGCCCGAGGGCAAGAUCCUCUCCUUCGGCUCCACCCUGUUUACCGGACACGCCCCUCCUCCCUUUACCAACCCGGGUGUCUCCUCGUCCGAAGCAGCAACCGAAGCCCAGCUUGAGCAGCGUUGCAAUCAGCUCCGCUCCGAGCUUGAGCCUCUCCUCUACCCCGAGACUCCCUCCGCCGAGUAUACUGAAUCUCGUGGUGCCGACUGGGCCAAUAACAACGAAGCUUACGUUCGCGGUGGUGUCCACCAAUACGUUUUUGACCGCCUCUCGAGCCCCGCUACCGAGCACGCACCACACCGCGUCAACGUAGACCCUGCCAUUGUGCUGCCUCUCCAGGAGGAGCUUCACGAUCUCUGCGGCGUCCCCUCUGACGACCCGCUUCUCCAGGGUGCAGACCUUUCUUCGCGCAUCACCGGUGCUCUCCCGUAUCUGCGUGCUAAGCGCGACGUCCAUGGCCCCGAGUCUAUCGUUGACCCUCGCCUUGCCCUCAUCUACUUCCUCAAGCAAGCCACCCCUGAUGAGGCACUUGCUGCGCGCCUCUCGGACCCGCACGCUGCCGAAAUCGAGGCUGCUCAGAUCGCUACCUCUUUCGAGCACAAGCUCCAGCCCCACGCAGGCAAGACGGACUCGGGCGUUCAAGCCUCUUACACUCAGAUCGAGUACCUUCACAACGUCCCCACUGCCAAGGGUCCGGUGCCUGCGCAGCUCGCCUACGUCCAGACCGAAGCCGACGGUCUUAACCUUGUGUGGAAGUUCCAGAUCCCUCUGGAGGACAAUGCGUACGAAGCCUAUGCUGACGCACACCGACCAGGUAGCAUCAGCACGGUCGUUGAUUGGGUUCACAGCAUGCCCCGUCCCCGCGCAAACAAAGCUGCCAAACCUGCCAAAUUGGCUACUCUCGGUCGCCCCGAGUUUGGCGAUCGCAAGCUGCCUGAGCUUGGUCGUCCCGACUUUUCCGGCUACCACCCCACCAAGUCUUCCCAAUCUUCCAAAGCCGAUGAACCUGACUCCCUGAGCCAUGAUCCCGUAUACCGCGUUUUCAAGUGGGGUCUCAACGACCCCACCGAGGGCAAGCGAUCCAACGAAAAGGGCGAGCGCUACCAGGAGGCUUCUCCCCUCGGCUGGCACACGGUGCCCGGCAAGCAUUCGCCUUUCUCGUCGCUCGGUGCGGACGAUGCUCGCUGGGUCGUAGGCAAUAACACUAUCUACACUGACACGCGAGGCAACAACGUUUUUGCUCAAGCUGACCCAUCGGGCAACGGCGAAUGGAAGUCGACUAAUCUCAAGCGGCCCAAGGGCCGUCUGAGCGAAGACAAGUCGACCGACAUGUUGUUCGACUAUCCUUACAAGUGGCGCAAGUCGGAGAAGAAGCAUGCCGAGCUUCCUCCUACCGACUACGUUGCAGCUGCCACCGUCCAGCUCUUUGUCACCAUCAAUGAGUACCACGACCUGCUCUACGCAUACGGUUUCGACGAGGUUUCUGGCAACUUCCAGGAGCACAAUUUUGGCCGCGGCGGUGAAGCCUACGACGGCGUCAUUGCUUUCGCCCAAGAUGGUGCUGGAACCGACAAUGCUGAUUUUAUGACACCACCUGACGGCCAGCGCGGCAGGAUGCGCAUGUACGUUUGGGACCAGUCAACUCCGUAUCGUGAUGGAGACUUUGAAGCUGGCAUCGUCAUCCACGAGUACAGCCAUGGUCUUUCCACGCGUCUGACUGGAGGUCCUGCCAACAGUGGCUGCCUCGGUUGGGGUGAGUCUGGAGGCAUGGGCGAAGGAUGGGGUGACGCACUUGCCUCGAUCAUCCGUCGAACCGGAGCGGCUCCUCACGACUGGCCUAUGGGCUCGUGGGCUUCGAACCGCGUCAAGGGUAUUCGCAACUAUCCCUACUCGACCAACAAGACGAUCAAUCCAGAGACCUACUCUUACUUGGACCACGCCGGCUACUGGGGCGUCCACGCCAUCGGCGAGGUGUGGGCCACCAUGCUCAACGAGGUCGAGGAAGCGCUGGUGUUUGAGCACGGUUUCACCACCAAUCUGUUCCCUCCUGCUACCAACGCCACCGCCGAGGAGCAGCGAGUGUUCUUCCUCGAUGAUGAAGAGUUGGCUUCGCUCGGCAAGCACCGCGUGAGCAAGCGACGUGUUCCUCGCCACGGAAACUCGUUGUUGGUGCAGCUCAUCCUGGACGGAAUGAAGCUUCAGCCAUGCCGACCGAGCUUCUUUGAUGCGCGUGAUGCAAUUGUACAGGCCGACAAGCACCUCACGGGCGGUCAGAACAAGUGUCUACUUUGGAAGGCGUUCGCUAAGCGCGGUCUGGGUACUGAUGCCAGCGUCAUCGGACGCACACCAUGGGGUGGAGGAAAGCGUACUGAUGGCUACGCCGUGCCGCAUGACUGCAAGACUGACUCGGAAUCAGCCUAG